AUGUCAAAAUUCACAACAAUUUCCGAAGAUUUCACCAAGCCUUAUCAGAAAUGUUCUCUUAAAGAGCACCACCAGGCUGAAAUGAAGGAGAAAGCAUCAUUUAAUUAUUCUAGUUCAGAGACUUGUUCCUCAUCUUCUGUAUCUAAAGGAAAACAGUGUCACAUAAAUUCAAAAAGAGACAUGUAUUCUGGAAGACAGAGCCGGAUUCCCACUUACAUUAAACCAUUUGGGCGCCGAUCAAGUACAAAUUCAGUCAAUGUUAAUAAUCAAUGCUCCAAAACAGAUAAUCAAAACUGUUUGUUAAAACUGAACAAAACCAUUAGUGAAAGGAAUAUCUCAGAGUACACAAAAGACAGCAACCUUGGAAACAAAAUGAAGUGUAAUAAGCAAAGUGAGCUCCAGACUGAAAGAGAGAAAGUGAGGAAGCAUGCAGUGUGCAUCCGGAGACUCAAGUCAGAGCUACAGUUAAUGAAAAACAGCAUGGUGGAGUACAAGAAACCACUGGUGCUGGGACACAAUUCACAAUUGUCCAGGCAGAGAAACAAUAGUGUCAGUGCACCUCAUAGCCCACAUCAUUAUAGUUUUACUGCAGCAGAAUUUCAGAAACAGGUAAAUGAGCUGGAACAGAAGGUUAAUGAAGACCAUGCUUUGAGGUUUUCCCUUGAAGUUCAAGUUAACAAAAUGAGAUAUGAAUUACAGGAAAAAUUUAAUAUAGAAAAGGAAUUGAUGCUGCUUCAGAAUAAGUUGGAGAAUGAUUUUGUUUCCAAGACAGAAAUGGAUGCAGUAAAAAGGAAUUAUGAAGCUGCUUUGGCUAAAGCAAGACAAGAUGCAGAGCUAUCAGUGUAUGAUGAUCUUAGACAUAAAUUACAUCAGAUAAAUAUUUUCAUUGAAAACCAGGCACAAGAACAAGCUAACAUUACACAUUUACAAAACAUAAAUGAAAGUCAAAUGCAGCAGGAAUUCAAAGAAAUAAGUUUGAAAAUCUUGUCAGACUUUGCCAAAGUUCAAGCCACGCUACAGGAAAAGGAUGAAAAAGAAAAAGAAUUAAAGGAAAAGUAUGAAAAACUUAUAAAAGAAUGUGAGAAAGAGCAAGAAGUACAAAGGAAGAAACUGAUUGAAAAAUCUUACAGUGUGAACUUGACACCAUACAUGAAUAAGAAGGUAAAGGAUGUGAACUCAAAGAGCUGCAUGUUGGAUAUAAGUUCUUCACAACAUUCUUCUUCACUGCAGUCAUUAUGCGCUCGACACUCAACUUUACCCAUAGUAGCUGUUCCUCAUAGCUCAAAUAGCCCGUGGGUGCCAGAUAAUGCUCUGAACUACAUCCUACAUAGAGAGAUGGAGGACAGCAUCAGCAAAAAUUCAUCAUCUGAUGAUGCAGCCAUCCAGUCCAGUACCAACAAGCCUCUGUCUGCAACUGAAGAGCAACUGGAAAUUCUAAGAUUAAAGUACUUUGUCUAUUAGAUUUGUUAUUGCGAAAUGUGUCUGGGCUGACAAAUCAAUCACUUCUAGAUGACUGUGUUAUCAAAGUUUGCAGUUUAUGAAAAGCUUCCAAAAAAUUGUUUUAGUAAGACAUUGUGUAAACACUGUUUUCACUGUGAUGAAAAUAAUCCAAAUUUUAAUUGAAUGUUAUCAGUACUUUGUAUUCAGAUCUGAUCAUAAAACCUACAAUGAACAGAUUAGAAAUACAUUACUGGCACUUCUUUGCAAUCCAUAUUUAUUGUUCUAUAUCAAAUUUUGUCAAUU